AUGCUUGGUGCCAAGCAUCUGGACACGAUGCAGGCCAUGGCAGAUCUCGCUGUGGCAUAUUACGACCAGGGGAAAUAUGACAAGGCCGAAGGCAUCGACAGGCAGUUGUACAGUCUGCGAAGUGAGAUUUUCGGCAGUAGGCACCCAGAAACUAUUUCUCUGGUCUCUCCCAAUGCCAGCCAGAUCGCGUCGGCGUCCGAUGACGGGACCGCCAAGAUCUGGGAUGCCGCCACAGGCCGCGGUGUCUCGACGCUGACCGGUCCGGGCGAUUCGCGGCUCAAGCGAUUCAGUGAUCUCGUAGGUUACAGGGAUCGCUCGACGCUGACCGGCCAUAAAAAUCGGGUCCGGUCAGUCGACUGGUCGCCUGAUAGUGGCCAGCUCGCGUCAGCGUCCGAUGACAAGACCGUCAAGAUCUGGAACGCCGCCACGGGCCAGUGUGUCUCGAAACUGACAGGCCACCGCGGUACAGUCUUCUCAGUCGUCUGGUCGCCCGAUGGCGGCCCUUCUUGA